AUGUCUUCGCUUUCGCGCAACAACUCCAACCCAACCGCCAACGAAACCUCCGGCGUAACCACCCAAGACCUUCAGCUCCAGCCCAACCAAAUCGAAGAAAUCCCAAAGAAAACCCCACCAAGCCUCUCCGCCCUCCCCUCCGAACUCCACCUCAACAUCGCCAAAUACCUCGACCUGGCCUCAUCCACCUGCCUAGCCCUAGCCAACCGGAAAUUCUACCAAAUCUACCGCCCCGAACCCACAAUCGUCAAUCUUCGCGAGGAAUCCGGCAAUGGCAUUCGGCUUUCGGUUCUCCUCGAGGGCUUUCAUGAGGGGAUGCUCUAUUCUGGCUUCUUCAAUAAGUUUGUUUCUAGGGAGAGGUGGAGACAGUUUGAUCGCUUGAGAUAUAGUGCGGAGAUGAAGAGUGAGAGGAGGAGGAAUGGUAGGGUGGGUUGGGAGUCGUGGCAUUGA